AUGUUCGUAUUCUCCUUGCUCUCAUACAGAAGUGUUCUUGGUGCCGUUUUCAUGUUGCCAUUUGCCCUAUUCCUUGAAAGAGGGAGGUGGAAAGAGUUGAACAUGAAAGCUCUUGGAUGGCUCUUUAUCAAUGCAUUUGUUGGAUACUCUCUGCCCAUGGCAUUAUACUACUACGGGCUCCACGACACGACUGCUUCAUAUGGUGUGGUCUUCUCCAGUCUGACUCCCCUCUUCACCUUUGUCCUUUCACUAUUGCUUGGCAUGGAGAGCUUGCGCCUCAAGUCUAAGGAGGGCAGCGCAAAAGUGGUUGGGGCACUGGUGUGCUUUGCUGGGGCUCUUCUGAUUAGCCUGUACAAGGGAGAAGAACUUCAUCUCUUGUCUCCAGUUUUAAAGGGCAUCACUAAGAGUUCUCAUGGAGUAGCCGGAGGACACCACCACUCGAGGGGCACCUUGCUUUUGCUGGGAGAUAGCAUCUGCUAUGCGUUUUGGUACCCUAUCCAGGUCAAAGUUCUAAAGGUCUACCCAUGGAAACACUGGUCAACUGUAUUGACCUGUGUUCUAGGUGGUUUGCAAACCUGUGCCGUAGGAAUAAUUAUGAGAAGGGACAAACUGGCUUGGCAAGUUGGAUGGAACAUCCAACUAUUAACAAUUGUUUACUCAGCUGCACUUGGCACAGCAGCCAAGUAUUGGUUGAAUCUCUAUGCCGUGGAAAAACGGGGCCCAGUUUUUCCACCCAUGUUCAGCACUCUGUCAAUUAUCUUCACGAUGGUUCUUGGGGCACUACUACUAGGAGAAACUCUCACAGUUGGCAGCUUGUUGGGCAGUGCGUUUGUUUUCAUUGGACUGUACACGUACCUCUAUGGAAAGGCAAGAGAGGUACAUGCAAAGACAGCACCAGGUUCAAGCCAUGAAAGUCUUCAAGUCCAACCUGUCCCUGAUUCAAAGUGUGACGAUCCAGAAUCGGGUCCUUGA